AUGGCACCUGAAAAUAUUGUAUUCUACGAGGACCGGGACUUCGCAGGGAAGUCCUACGACUGCAAAGGAGACUCAGCCGACCUGCAGGCCUUCAUCCACCGAUGCAACUCGGUGAAGGUGGAGGGUGGCUGGUGGGUUCUGUACGAGCGUAACAACUACACGGGCUACCAGUAUGUCAUCGGGCCAGGGGAGUACAAUGACUACCAGCGCUGGAUGGGCUUCAAUGACUGUGUCAGAUCCUGCAGGAUCAUCAAAAAUGCCAAAGGGCCGUGCAAGCUGAGGCUGUACGAUCGGCCAGACUUCAGCGGGGAGUCCUUGGAGCUGACAGAAAACUCAAAGUCUAUCCAGGACAAAUGGGUCAGGCAAGAAGUUCAGUCCUGCAAAGUCCUGGAGGGCUCCUGGAUUUUCUAUGAACACCCCAACUUCUGUGGUCGGCAGUACCUGCUGGAGAAAGGAGAGUACCGACACCACUCGGAGUGGGGAGCUCUGAAAUCAUUGGUGGGCUCCAUCAGAAGGAUCAUGGAGCUGUGA